GAAAAAACAAGGUUCUGUCUUUACAAAGAGUUUCGUGUUUCACUCAGAUUUUGUUUCUCUCUCUCUCUAUCUCUCUUCUACUGAUUUUUAGAAAGAGAAGCGUGAAAACACCCUUUGAAGGGAAUGCAGAGAGAUGGUCGGAUCAUCGCCGGUGAAGACUAAGCUUUGUGAUCGGUUUAACCGAUCUGUCGGCGGCAGAAACUGCCACCGGAAACACGUCGAAGACGGGUGAUCAUAUUCAACUCUCUCGUAUUCUCCGGACAUCGAAAGCUUAACUCUUUUUCUGUUUUAUUUUUCUUUUUUUUUUAAAAAAUCAUUGUAAUUAAAAAAAAAACUAUGGUCGGAGAGAACGGAUCUGACGGUGGAGCAAGCAACGGCCUGCUCCACGGACGUUACGAGCUAGGUCGUCUCCUAGGUCACGGAACAUUCGCUAAAGUGUACCACGCACGCAACGUAACAACCGGAAAAAGCGUGGCGAUGAAAGUCGUCGGAAAAGAGAAGGUAGUGAAAGUCGGCAUGGUGGAUCAGAUCAAACGAGAGAUCUCAGUGAUGAGGAUGGUGAAGCAUCCCAACAUCGUCGAGCUACACGAAGUCAUGGCCAGCAAAUCCAAGAUCUACUUCGCCAUGGAGCUAGUACGAGGCGGGGAGCUAUUCGCCAAAGUCGCUAAAGGAAGGUUACGCGAGGACGUGGCGCGCGUGUACUUCCAACAGCUAAUCUCCGCCGUCGAUUUCUGCCACAGCCGCGGGGUUUAUCACCGAGAUCUCAAGCCGGAGAAUCUAUUGCUUGACGAAGAAGGUAACCUUAAGGUCACUGACUUUGGUCUCUCUGCUUUCACUGAGCAUUUGAAGCAAGACGGGCUUCUCCACACGACUUGUGGAACUCCGGCUUACGUGGCCCCGGAGGUUAUACUGAAGAAAGGAUACGACGGAGCUAAGGCGGAUCUUUGGUCUUGCGGGGUUAUCCUCUUCGUGCUCCUCGCUGGUUACUUACCGUUUCAGGAUGAUAAUCUUGUCAACAUGUAUCGGAAGAUUUACAGAGGAGACUUCAAGUGUCCUGGAUGGCUUUCCUCUGACGCGAGGAGGCUCGUGACGAAGCUUCUGGAUCCGAAUCCGAAUACUCGAAUCACUAUCGAUAAGGUUAUGGACUCGCACUGGUUCAAGAAGUCCUCAACGAGAUCAAGGAGCGAGCCAGUGGCGGCUACACCAGCGGCUGAUCAUGAGGAUCUUGAUAUGUCUGUUCACAAGUCGAAAGAAGAGACGGAGACGUUAAACGCGUUUCAUAUCAUCGCGUUGUCUGAAGGGUUUGAUCUCUCGCCGUUGUUCGAGGAGAAGAAGAAAGAGGAGAAGGUCGAGAUGAGGUUCGCGACUUCUAGACCCGCGAGUAGUGUGAUUUCGAGUCUUGAAGAGGCGGCGAAGGUUGGGAAUAAGUUUGAUGUGAGGAAGAGUGAGUGUAGAGUGAGGAUCGAAGGGAAACAGAAUGGUCGGAAAGGGAAGUUGGCGGUGGAGGCGGAGAUAUUCGCGGUGGCUCCGUCGUUUGUUGUCGUGGAGGUGAAGAAAGAUCAUGGUGAUACUCUUGAGUAUAAUAACUUUUGUAGUACGGCGCUUAGACCAGCUCUCAAGGACAUAUUCUGGACUUCUACUCCUGUUUGAUUAUUGUCAGCAACCUGUUUAAUCUUGUGUGUUUUAAAUCCUGUCUGUAAUAUAUUGUUGGGUUCUAGAUUCGGUUCUUGAUUCUUAAAUGAGGUAUCGUUUGAAACUUUGAAUCGUGUAAAAAGGUUUGAGUCUUUUCAUCAUUUGUGUCGUUGCCGAUUUGUUGCGGCACGAAGCAGAGAAUGUCUGUGUGGUGUGUGUUCGUGCGGUGUUAGAAUCGUGUCUUAAAAAUUCUAUAUCAAUAAAUGAUAUUUAUGAGU